AUGAAAGACUAUUUUGAUAAAGGAGAGUAUAUCAUUCGUGAGGGCGAGGAAGGGAACACUUUCUUCAUUAUAGCUAAAGGAGAGGUGUGUGUCACCCAGACCACAGAGGGCUGCACUGAGCCUCAGGAGAUAAAGACUCUGGGUGUGGGCGACUACUUUGGAGAAAAAGCCCUCAUAAGUGAGGAUGUGCGUUCAGCAAACAUAAUCUCUACUGAGAAUAACACACAGUGCUUGGUGGUGGACAGAGACAACUUCAACCAGAUGGUGGGCACUUAUGAGGAACUGCAGGCGUACCUGAAGGAAUACGUCGAAGAGCUCUCCCGAUGUGAUGAGAGGAGAAAUGCACUGCCCCUUUCCCCCCUUAUCGACUCGUCGCCAGAGGCCCAAGAGGUGCGUCGCCUCAGGGAGAGGAUUGCCGUCCUCCCCACCCAUGACCCCUUCCAGGACCUGGAGGUCAUAGCCACACUGGGCAUGGGUGGGUUCGGCCGAGUAGAGCUGGUGAAACUGAGAGAUGAAGACACCACAUUUGCUCUGAAGUGUAUUAAAAAGAAGCACAUUGUGGACACGAGACAACAGGAGCACAUCUACUCUGAGAGGAACAUCCUUCAGCUGACCAACUCACACUUCAUAGUCAGGUUGUUUCGGACAUUCCGAGAUGACAAGUAUGUGUACAUGCUACUGGAGGUCUGCCUGGGUGGGGAGCUGUGGAGUGUACUACGGGACAUGAGUUCCUUUGAGGAGCAGACAGCCCGCUUCUGCAUUGCCUGUGUCCUGGAAGCCUUUGACUACCUCCACGCCAGAGGAAUCAUCUACAGAGACCUGAAACCUGAGAACCUACUACUGGAUGCAGAAGGCUAUGUCAAAAUAGCUGACUUUGGUUUUGCUAAGAGGAUAGGCCUGGGGAAGAAGACAUGGACAUUCUGUGGGACCCCAGAGUAUGUGGCCCCAGAGGUCAUCAUGAACAAGGGCCAUGACUUUGGAGCUGACUGCUGGUCUCUGGGGAUCCUCAUCUUUGAGCUGCUGACUGGCAGCCCACCAUUUUCUGGAACUGACCCUAUAAAGAUCUACACCAUGGUCCUCCAUGGGAUUGAAAAGGUUGACUUCCCCAAGAGGAUCAGCAAGCGCCCCGAUGACCUCAUCAGGAGACUCUGCAAGCUCAACCCUGUGGAUAGGCUUGGUAAUAAGAAGAACGGCAUCAUCGACAUUAAGAAACACAAGUGGUUCCAGGGCUUCAACUGGGAGGGGCUGAGACGCCAGAAGCUCAUAUCCCCACUGAAGAGAGAGCUGAAGGGGCCGAUGGACCACAGCCACUUUGACAUCUUCCCCCCAGAGCUGGAGAAGCCUCCAGAUGAGCUGUCAGGCUGGGACAAGGACUUCUGAGGUACCCUUUUGAGCCUCUACUCCCCGCAGCCAUGUCUCCAGACAGGUGGUGUCACUCUACUACCUGACGCUAGUGUUCCACUACAGCAGUGAGCUUUGCUAUCUGACGUAAGACAAUAGACGCCACAGAAGCAGCCAUGACUGAAUACUGUAAUCCCAUCUCUUCCCUGCGGUUGCCAUACUUGCCAUAUAUUUGACAUCAUGACUGCCUGCCUGUUGCUGCCUUGCAGACGGAGAAGAUUGGCUUUUUUUAGGCUCUUGGCCAGAGGAACAGUGUGUGAAGUGCCACUUGAAACUCUCAUGAGACAGCAAGGACGUUCAUCAAGUGAUUGAUUAACUUUGAGUGCCAAAAACCCAAAUCUCAGUCAAAUUCUUUCCCUCAGACAGAAACUCUUGGGACAAUGUAAGUAAAUAAAAAAGCUUCUUUAUUGUUACAAGUAAAAAACAACGCGUUUCGGCUUUUGGCCUUCUUCAGGGUUUUUACAGAAGCAAAGAAAUAAUGAGGCUUUUAUACAGUACAUUUCAAAAUGGCCUGCUAUGGACAAAUCACUAUAAGAAAACAUACUGAAACAAAAUAUGUGAUUAGUUGUCACAACUUCCUCCGAAGCUGCCUCCCCUCCUUGUUCGGGCAGGCUUCGGCGUUUGUCGUCACCGGCCU